AUAGAGACUCUCCCUCACAUCCUCGCUCUCGUGAGGAUUCUGGAGUAUUUUGUAAUAAAACAUCUUUAUUUCCUGUCAUCGGUUUCUUCUUCAGCAGCAGCAUCGCUGCACGCCAACGCGCCAAAAGAAAAAAAAACCUUGUGCUAGAGCGGGAGCGCGCAGGAGCAGCGCGCGCACACGCACAGCUGUCAGCACCAAGGACAGCAGCCGCUCAGCCCGGAGCGACCAGCCCGCCACGCGUAGGCGAGACCAGGCCGGACACAAGGCAGGAGCAGCGGCUGCACGGAGAGACAGCACCGCGGGAAGCCGCUCGGAACCGGGAGCAAUCAUUUUUAUUUUUCUAUACGAACCCAAAGGCUUUCUGCGGGGUCGGGUGCCCGCGGGACACCAAGUCCCUAAAACGAUCAUGCACAUUCCUCUGCAUUGCACAUAACCAACCCUUUCUCCCCCCUCCGGUUUUUUGUCUUCCUUUUCUGGCGUCCCCCCCUCGCUCACGCCGCCCACCUGGAUCGUGUCUGCGCUCAUCUGUCCGAGCCGAGCCGACCCGCCACCGGGGAGAACAGCGACCGGGCUGCGCUGUGCUGUUUGGUGGUUCACGCCAUGCGUCUCCUUCUGCUGGCGGUGCUCCUCUCGUGCUCCUGCGCGCGGGCCGGCUGCGAGCCGAAGAUCGUGAACAUCGGGGCCGUCCUGAGCCAGAAGAGGUACGAGCAGGUCUUCAAGGAUGCCGUGAACCAGGCCAAUCAGGUCUACGGUCGGGACAAGUUCAAGCUCACCGCGAUCUCCGUAACGCACAAGCCCAACGCCAUCCAGAUGGCCCUGUCCGUCUGCGAGGACCUCAUCUCCAGUCAGGUCUACGCCAUCCUGGUGAGUCACCCUCCUCAGUCCAGUGACCACCUCACUCCGACGCCCGUCUCCUACACCGCCGGCUUCUACCGCAUCCCGGUGGUUGGGCUCACCACCCGCAUGUCCAUCUACUCUGACAAGAGCAUCCAUCUGUCCUUCCUAAGGACGGUCCCUCCUUACUCCCACCAAGCCCAUGUCUGGUUUGACCUGAUGCGCGAGUUUAACUGGAACCACAUCAUCCUGAUCGUGAGCGAUGACCACGAGGGGCGGGCUGCUCAAAAGAGGCUCGAGACCCUAUUGGAGGAGAGAGAGACAAAGAAUAAAAAAAGGAACUAUGAAAACCUCGACCAACUGUCCUAUGACAACAAGCGAGGACCUAAGGCAGAGAAAGUCCUACAGUUCAGUCAGGAGACAAACUUGACGGCCCUGCUGCUGGAGGCCAAAGAGCUGGAGGCCCGAGUUAUCAUCCUGUCUGCAAGCGAGGACGACGCUGCUGCUGUGUACAAAGCUGCCCGCUUCCUCAACAUGACGGGCUCGGGAUACGUAUGGCUGGUGGGCGAGCGGGAGAUGUCGGGUAAAGCCUUGACUGAGGCUCCAGACGGACUGAUCGCCCUCCAGCUCAUCAAUGGGAAGAAUGAGUCGGCCCACAUCAAUGAUGCUGUGGCCGUGGUGGCUCAGUCCAUCCAAGAGCUUUUUGAGAAGGAAAACAUCACAGAACCUCCGAGAGGAUGCGUGGGCAACACCAACAUCUGGAAAACGGGCCCUCUCUUCAAACGGGUGCUGAUGUCAUCGAAAUAUCCAGAAGGCCUCACGGGGCGCGUUGAGUUCAAUGACGACGGAGACAGGAAGUACGCCCACUACAGCAUCCUCAACUAUCACAAGUCUCGCCUUGUUCAAGUCGGCAUUUACAACGGAACUCAGGUGGUAAUGAACAAUCAGCGGAAGAUCGUCUGGCCUGGAGGAGACACUGAAAAACCACAGGGCUUCCAGAUGUCCACACGACUAAAGAUUGUGACUAUUCACCAGGAGCCGUUUGUGUAUGUGAAACCCACGAUGGCAGACGGGACGUGCAAGGAGGAAAUUACAUUAAACGGAGUCUUAAUUAAAAAGGUUAUCUGCACUGGACCCAACGAGACUAUCCCAGGACGCCCGACAGUGCCCCAGUGUUGCUACGGUUUCUGCAUUGAUCUCCUCAUCAAGUUGGCCAUGACCAUGAACUUCACCUAUGAGGUGCACCUGGUUGCUGACGGGAAGUUUGGAACGCAGGAGCGAGUGAACAACAGUAACAAGAAAGAGUGGAAUGGAAUGAUGGGAGAGCUCCUGGGAGGCCUGGCUGACAUGAUCGUUGCUCCGCUGACUAUAAACAACGAACGGGCCCAGUACAUAGAGUUCUCCAAACCUUUUAAAUAUCAAGGGCUUACUAUUCUUGUCAAAAAAGAAAUCCCUCGAAGUACUCUGGAUUCAUUUAUGCAGCCGUUCCAAAGCACACUGUGGCUGCUGGUGGGUCUUUCGGUGCAUGUGGUGGCGGUGAUGCUUUACCUUCUAGACCGGUUCAGUCCAUUUGGAAGAUUUAAAGUAAAUAGUGAAGAAGAGGAAGAAGACGCCCUCACCUUGUCAUCUGCCAUGUGGUUCUCCUGGGGAGUGCUGCUGAACUCUGGAAUAGGAGAAGGUGCACCACGCAGCUUCUCAGCGAGGAUCCUGGGCAUGGUGUGGGCUGGUUUUGCUAUGAUCAUUGUGGCUUCCUAUACUGCCAACCUGGCUGCCUUCCUGGUGCUGGACCGGCCUGAGGAGCGCAUCACCGGCAUCAAUGACCCAAGGCUCAGGAACCCAUCUGACAAAUUCAUCUAUGCCACGGUGAAGCAGAGCUCCGUGGACAUAUACUUCCGGCGACAGGUGGAGCUUAGCACUAUGUACCGUCACAUGGAGAAGCACAACUAUGAGAGUGCCGCCGAGGCCAUCCAGGCCGUGCGUGACAACAAGCUGCAUGCUUUCAUCUGGGACUCUGCGGUGCUGGAGUUUGAAGCCUCGCAGAAGUGCGACCUGGUGACCACGGGAGAGCUGUUUUUCCGUUCGGGCUUUGGCAUAGGCAUGCGCAAGGACAGCCCCUGGAAACAGAAUGUGUCCCUGGCCAUUCUCAGUUCUCAUGAGAAUGGCUUCAUGGAAGACCUAGAUAAAACCUGGGUGAGAUACCAGGAGUGUGACUCGCGGAGCAAUGCCCCAGCCACACUCACCUUUGAAAACAUGGCAGGUGUCUUCAUGCUGGUGGCUGGAGGCAUUGCGGCAGGCAUCUUCCUCAUCUUCAUCGAGAUCGCGUAUAAGCGCCAUAAAGACGCCCGCAGGAAGCAGAUGCAGCUGGCCUUUGCGGCCGUCAAUGUUUGGAGGAAGAACCUGCAGCCCUCUUCCUCUCUAGAGACUCAGGAUGAUAGGAAAAGUGGUAGAGCAGAGCCCGACCCCAAAAAGAAAGCCUCUUUUAGGUCCAUCAGUACCACCCUGGCCUCCAGCAUCAAGAGACGUAGGUCCUCCAAAGACACGCAGUUCCCACCUACUGACGCCACGGGCCAACUCAACUUGUCGGACCCGUCUGUCAGCACCGUGGUGUAAAAACGAGGGCGGCGUGGACAUUCGCUCCUCGAGGAGAGAGGAAACAAGAUGAUGUGAAAAGAAAGAGAGCAAAGGAACGGGGGGAUUACUCCACGGUCGCUUUGUCGGCAAAGCCGAAGCUGUGGAGGUGUGUGGAAACAGUCCGCUGAAGAAAAGGCUGACGACACUGAACUUUGCACCUUUUUAAAAAAGAUCUGAUCUUAGAUGUUUGUCGGAUCGCCGAGCAUGCACAGAAAACUCAUCGGACUCCAACUUUUCCUUCUCUAUACUCUUAGCUUAACUUACUUAAUCUCGUUUUGUUGAUUUACUCACAUGAACUUAAUGUUUGAUGUUUUCUAACUUGCUUAGCAGAUGCAUAGCGUUUAGAGAACCGGAUUUAGUUUGGUUUCAUUGCAGGAAAGAAAAGUUGCAAAUAUUGUAUUUGACAUAUCACUUCCAAUUAGGGCCUAAUAACCGCUGAAAUGUUUCGUUUUCCUAACAUUUUAGUGCAAUACGAGAAGUACUGUAAGCGUCAGUGGAGAUGAAUUAUUCUUAAUAGGAACUAUACGUGUUUUCUUGACACUUUAAAUGCUUUAGACAAAUUUCUUUAUUAAGAAGCACUAAUCAUAGCAUUAAAACGGAGCAUCUGGCUUGUCUCGUAUACAAACGGAAAUGGAAAAUAAGCAUGUGUGUGUGCUCGUGUGUGAAAAGCAGCUCUUAUGUAUUUGAAUGAUUACUUUUUAGGAUGUAUACGUUAAAAUUCUAUCUUCCCCCCUAAUUUUGCACUAACCUACCAAAGGUAGCAGAUUGUUUUACAUGUUUCAAAGAUAACCAGAUGGCAUGAUUAUCAGCAGUUUGUUGAAUUAGACUGAAGCUUCUUUAAGAGUAUGACUCGAGGCCAUUGGCGACGGCCACUCUGCCCCUCUCUCCUGCAGCAGCAGUCUUUCUCAUUUCCAGUGUUGAAAGGGUUGCAUCAAAGGGCCAGGUUUUUCACCCAACCAGCACUCGGUCUUUCAUGCAAAACCUCCUGGCUGCGCAGCACCGGGGAACUUUUACACGAAGGAACUCGAGUGAAUUGAAAACUACGAUUGGCCGCCUUUGUGCAGGUCUUGGUUAGAUGCAAAAACAGGCCGUUUCCCGUUUUGUGGAGAUGAGAAACCACUGCUGUUUCCAAGCUCAUGUCCUCUCUGGAGUCUGCCACUGCAUCGCACUUUAUGCCAAGGCACCUCCCCAAAGAACAUUGAUUGAAAAAAAAAUCGUUAAGAAAGCAGACUGAAUUACCAAACAUUGCUUAGACAUUUUAACUUUGCCAAUUAUUCCACAAAUCUUUUUCUACAUUACUUUUAUUAGAGAUAAAGGCUGUUUUAUUACAGCCUAACACAUACCCAUGCAUGCCUCUGUCUUAAGACCAGUGCUUUAGUUUGGUUUUGGAUGUGUGCUGUUGACAUGUACAGUUUACCUGAACCACUUAAAAUGAAUGAAAUGUAAAUAAAACCUGGUUCCCUGUAGACAAGGAGGUUUUACUGCACUUGUGCUGCAACUGCAGCUAAGAAUGUUUCAAGCUAGUUAUCAGCUCACAGGAGACGACACACACACACACACACACACACACACACACACACACACACACACACACACACACACACACACACACACACACACACACACAGUUACAGAAAGAUUAGCUUGUUUUUAUUACAUUUUCCAGUAAAGAUCUUGCAUUGAAUCGUCUUAUUUAUACAACUGUAAAUAAAAUAUAUGAUGUUACCAAA